UACUUCUACUCUCGAUAGGCGUCGCCGUAGUUGCUAUCGCCUGCGCAAGAUUAUACAUUGGGUAAACGCAUAGCCUGAGUUGGAGUUUUGAAGGUUAGGAUAAUCGAAAUAAUUCACAGCCAUGGCCACAGCACUGAAAAAAGAGUUCCUGAAGCCAAAGAAAAUGAUACAUCCAAAUAGUAGAAAGUCUAUCGCUAUUACGAAAAAAGCCAAAAAAAUAUCAAAUAGACAGAAAGGAAAAAUGUCCCGCUUGAUAAAACAGAAUUUAAUAGGAGAAAAAAUGUUGUGGAUUAAAAACAAUAUGAUUCCAGGUGUGUGUCCCUAUACUCCAGAGUUAACUGCAAGUUUGUUAGAAACGUACAUAGCAAGAAAUGAUGAAGAAAUGGAACAAAUUGCUAUUAAAAGAUCUAUAGGUAGCAAUAGGAAUACACAGCAUGCCAGCAGGGAGAAUAUAAUUAGAAUAACCAAGGAGAGAGAACAAGAAGAAUAUGAUACAUGUGGAAUAGAAAUUCCUGAUAUUUUAAAUGCAACUCAGUGUAAAAUGUUAAUGAAUUGGAAUAAUGAAUUACAGUGUGUGAAUAAUUUUAAAUUUAUAAGGUUUGGUAAGAAUGAUUUAAACAAAGCGUUAGUGCGAAAAGAAAGAAUGAAAAUAAUGAUAGAUCACCCAAUAUUAGAUGUGCCUGUAAACAAGGAGAAUUUAUUAAAUAUACGUCUUUUUUAUCUUCACCUCUAUUUAAAAAGAAGAAAAGCGAACAGUUUCUUCCUUUUUUGUUUGCAAAAUGCUAGAGACCGCAUUUCGUCUUGCUCUUAUCUCCCACAAGAAGCAGUCAUGUCACAAGGUACAAGAGUACGACAGAAGAGAAAAGAAAAUGUUCGAUUGUGAAAUAUUCAACAAAACUGAAACAUGUAGAUGAAUCACGUGCACAUCAUGAAUAUUUUGCAUCGUUUCUUCGCUUUUUCUUCAUUUUUUUGGCUAGUUGCUCCAUUAUUUAAGAACGAAGAUAUAAUAAUUAUUCUCAAAAUUGUAUAUUUCAAAAUGGUAAGAAAAUCAAUAGUACAAUGAUAAUUAUACGAUUUUAAAAGUUUUUUAAAUUGUUUACAUACUUAGAAUUAAUCAAAUAGCUUAGUAUAUAAAAGAGUGAACUUAUGUCGCAUGUUAUAAAUGCAGCUGCGUUUGUUACAACAAUUGCAAUUCCAAGGAAUUUCUCUCUAAGAUCGCGGUGAAGAAUUUGCUUUGUUAAAUUAUUAUUGGUAUACUUCGUCAACUUGUGGUAUAUUGAUACAACUUGUCAAACAUCACUUAAUAGCUUCUCGUUAAUAAAAACAAUUCGUAACUAUUUAGUAAGAAGCAGUAUAUUCUUAGUUAUUUAGAAAUUUACUUAAUGAUGUUUAAAAAUACGAAUAUGUUUAAAAAUUAUAACGUAAAUACGUUAUCU